UCGCUAUCGAUAUGAAAUCAACAAAUCCAAUGGCACCAACACAGUUGGAAACUUUGAUUUUGCAUUUAUUGUAUUUGUGAUUGUGAUUGAAAGUAGAAGUGAGCGCCACCGCGUGAUGAAUAAUUACGGCCACGCCGCUUGACCAACGACGAACGCGCCAACUCAAAUUCCAAUUCGUUAUUAUCUACGCAGCAGGGCCAACGGCAGCAACAACGGCAGCAGCAACGCCAAAACCAACAACAACAACAGCAACAACAUAGCAGUAGCCGCAAACGAUUUUACGGAGGCAGAGCUGCAGGCAGCAAUCGUUGUGCCGCUCUUAUCAUUCUUAUCGUAAAGCGCGCCGCCCCCUUUGGCAGUUAUCAAUAUCAACUUGUUGCUAUAUUCGCAGCACGGAUGUUCUCUGAUCCCUGAGACCAAUCCAAGAUCAAAUUCAAGUGCAAUAACGACGACGACGACGACGUCAUUUUUCGAAUAUUGAACGCAAGGGCGGAGAGCAGAGGGCGUUGAGCGUGAGGCGUGUGGCGUGGGGUGUGGGCAAGGGGGUGGCGGAAGUGGUUAUAGAGAACUAUUUUUAAUAGUGGCCAGACGACACAUUGGAGGACAUGACAAAAGCGACAAACUAAGCAAAAAAAGCAACGCGUCAAAAAUGUAUACAACGCAUAAAAUAUUCAAAUACAAAGCAGACGCAACAACAGCAAUAAUAACAGCAAUUGUAAACCACUAGCCCACACACACAUACACUCGCAGAUCUAAGGAGUGGAACAGCUGGCAGCAAUGGAGAGACGCCGCCCGUUGUUUCCCAUUGAACCCGAACCGCCAACAACGCCCACACAGCGCCUGACCCAGCUGGCAACGCGUGCGCUACGUGCUCUGCAAGUAAACUGGAAAAUUAUCAUAUCGGGCAUAGUAUCGACGCUGUUGGCCGUUAUUUGGUAUUAUCCAACGUUAUUUCUGUUCUUUGCAUUCGUCAUCUAUUCCCUGGUGCUGGUCUUUGCAGCUGUUGCUGGCACCGUCUACAUACAUUAUAUAUUUACGACCAAUGAGCCCACAAAGCCCAAUCGACUGCCCUCUAAGCUGCUUUACAAUGCAACCAAAAGCAACAUCUUCGAUUUGCCAAAUCCCAUUAAGAAUCCAUCGAAUUUACCCCUGGUCUUUGGCAAGACCGUCGAUCUGCAGCUCCAGCAGAUCAUCGAGUAUGUACUUCGCGACUUCAUGGUGCCCUGGCUGGGCUAUGUGGUUACCAAACCGAAGCUCAUUAACGAUAUAAUACGUGAGGAUCUGUGGAAUGCCAUACAAAAGAUCCAUGAGCGUGCCGCCAAAAUGGAUCCAGCCAAGAUCAUAGCCGUGGACAUGGUCAAUCGGGUCACUGUGCAUCUCGAAAAGAUACGCAUAGCCGAGGCACGCGCUGCGGAAACGAAUAACGCGCCGGUGUUUAGCACCAAUCUGUACCUGGUCGAUGAGGAGAAGGAAAUGGAGUUUCUGCGCAAGCUGUGCGAGAUUAUGGUCAUAUUGUUGCUGCCACGCGGCUACUCCUUGCCGCCGCUCAAAGUGCUGCUCAGCGAGAUGCUGUCCUAUAAGAUUUUCUUUCCCAUGAUCAAAAUGCUAACUGCUCCAGACUACAUUAAUCAAAAGAUUGUGCAGAACAUUGAGACACGUCUGGCCGCAGCAGCGAUAAGCAAACGUAGCUACGAAUACGCAGCCAGCUUCGAGGAGUUCCUGAAGAUCAUCAACAACUCGGGCAACCUGGAGGAGCUGUCGCUGAUACGCAAGAGCAUUGUAAACGAUCUGAUGCAUGCCACGAGUAUGCAGAACUUACAGCGUGCCAAAGGACUCGAUCCAGAUACCGAGGAUCAUACGUUGUCCAAAUCGGAGCUAACGGCCGCGGUGCGGCUAAAGCGCUACGUUCAGCAGCUCUCACUGGCCAAGAGCCAGUGCGAGAAGAAUCUGGCCAAGUUUGGCUGGAAUGGCAACUACUCCAGCGAUACGGAUCUAACACUGAUGGAAAUACUCAAUACGGCUGUGGGCAGACGAUUCUUUACGCUGUUCCUCGAGCCAUUGAAGGCCAGCGCCCUGGUCGGCUUCUAUCUGGCCGUGGAGGAGAUGAAGCAUGCGCACAAAUCGGCGACCCACCAGCUAGGCACAGAGAUCUUCUACACAUACAUUCGAGUGCCCAAGCCAGAGAUACAGAUUGAUAAGCACGAGCGCAAGCUGAUCGAAACGUUUGUGCUGGGCGAUGCUGGGCCAGAUAUCUUCUAUGAUAUACAGCGCAAUAUAUUGCGCACCCUGGAGGACAAAUACUAUCCGCCGUUUGUGCUGAGCGAACAGUACCGCCAGCUAAAGGAGGCGCUCGAGUCGAACGAAUUUAAUGAUCCCACCUUGCUCAUGUGCCCCACUAUGCUCGGCGAUGCGACCGACGACGAGCAAGCCAUCGUGGCGGAUGGCCUCAAUGGCGGCAGUAUGGCUCCAGCGGCCAUCGAUGUGGCUGCACACACGUCCUACGCACGCCGGAAGCUGGAGCAGAUACAGGAGCGCAUCGAUAAGAAGAACCAAGCGCUCGACGCGCUCAAAUACUCAGUGAAGCCAGAAUCGAAAGUUUUGCAAAUACUCGAAAAAGAAAUGGAAUGGCUAAAGAGCGAGAAAAGACAAACAGAGGCACACCUCCGCCGCACCGAUGCCUGGACCGAACACCUCGGCAAGUGGAAGGCAACCAUACAGAGCGUCGAGGUCUCUGAUGAGAAGGAAUCGUUGCAGUUCAUGAUUCUGGUGCAUGUGGACGAGGAUAUCAAUGCGCCGCCAGCUACAAAGAAUGGAGACAGCAGCACGGGUCGACCGCAAAGGCGUCGUCCAUCGGGCAUCUCUAGUGGCUGGGUGGUAAUGCGAUCCCUUAACCAAGUGCAUGAGCUGCAACGCAAGCUGCGACACGUGAGCUCCAAUUUGAAAUCCUUGGAUCUGCCGACGAACUUCAAGUUCUUCUUCUUGAAGACGGAUCGACAUGCACAGGAGAAGGCCAAGGGGCAGAUACAAAAGUUUUUGAAUUUUAUUCUGGAGGAUGAUCACUUGAAUGGCAGCGAGGCCAUCUACACCUUUCUGAGCCCCAGCUCGGAUCAUCUAAAGCAGACGCUGCCCUCUCCCAAGAAAUCCAAAUUCUCGCUCUCCACGCUCUUCAAGAGCGACACGGCCAAGGCGCACGAGUCGAGCAAAGCCAGCGAUCCGUUCUGGGGACUGCAGCGCGAUGAUGACGACAUGUCCAACUAUCUGGAUGGCGAGUCUAGCAGCGAUGCGAAACUUCUCGCUGAUCUGGACAGCAAGGAUUCCAUUGCCGAGCCGCUCUAUGCGCUGAUGGGCGAAAUCUUUGACAUGGGCGGCGUAUUCAAAUGGUUGCGCAAGAGCAUCAUCUCGUUUGUCCAGAUCACCUAUGGACGCACGAUCAACCGACAGAUACGAGAGUCCGUGGCGUACUUGUUUGAGGAGUCCAUGCUGCACAACUAUUUCUCGGCCAUAUUGAAAUCAUUCUGGCCCGGAGGCGUGCUUGCCUCGGCGUAUCCGCCCCGGUCGGAGGAUAUGAAAGAGAUGACCACCAAUGCGGCCAAGGCGCUGCUUACGGAUCACAUACCCGAGGUGCUCUGCAAUCUGGUGGGCGCCCAGGCGGCCAAGCGUGGCGUUCUCAAAGUCUUCGAUGCCCUGCAGAAUCCCAUGUACAACAAGCAGCUCUUCUAUGAGCUGCUCGAAAUUCUGAUGAUUGAGUUCUUUCCCGAAAUACGCCAGCUGAAGGUGAAUAGCGGCAGCGGGAGUGGGAGUGGCAGUGGCAGCAAAUUGAACACUGCCACAGCUGGUGUGGCAGCUGCCACCGCUGCUGCCGCUGCACUGGCUGCUGUCACGGCGCUGCCUAUUAACUACAGCAACAGUCACAAUAGCCAUGGCGCGAAUCAUGCGGCCAGCUCCACCGCCUCGUCAUCGAGCUCAGCAGCGGCUGCAGCUGCGUCAGCCCCAAAGGAGCAUUAUCAUCAGCCGCCGCAGCAGUCGCCGUAUCACCAGAGCUCUGCACAGCAGCAGCAGCAGCAGCAUCAGCAGCAUCAGCAGCAUCUGCAUCAUCAUCAGAGCUCUGCACAGCAGCAGCAUCAUCUACUCCAUGGACAUCACCAUCAUCCAGCAACGGGCUCCAAGUAGAGCUCCAUUGUUUUACAACUUAAACAUUGACUUUUUAAUUGUGUUUCAUGCUCUCUAGCGUGCUCUUUCUAACCCUAUUGCCAGCUCGCUCUGCAGCAUGGCCAAGUCUUUCUUUUCCUUUCCUUAUCUUUUUUUUUGUGUGUGUCCAUUUUAAUUGUAGUACUAUUUACUUUAUGUGGCUUAGGAUUAACAAGUAACUGAACCUGUACAAACGUUGAUUACCUUCACUUAACCCACUGCUAAAUGUCCUUCCUUAGGCUAUCUACAUUUAUAUGUCACGUUGUCCCUUUGUUGAUUUUGUUAGGCAUUACGUUAUACUUGUAGCGCAGAGUAAUACUCGAUAGAGUGAUUUGUGUUGUUUGUUUAAUUAGCUUCAGUAUUAAGCGUUACCAAAUUGUUCCAUUUAGAUCACAUUCCCCACUUAUAAGAAUUAAUGGAUAACACCCCCUCCUCCUAUAAAUCGAGCAAAUUUUUUGGUGCCGAGGCCGCGUUCAGAUUUAAACUGGAGUCGAACUAUUGUGAUCUUAGCAAGUAAACAGCACCAAAAAAUAUAUAAUAAUAAUUAAUGAAUGAAAUGAUAUGAUAUGAUAUAUGAUACACGAUUGUAAUUGUUUGUAAAUGAAAUUCGUUGUGAAAUGUAAUUGAUUUUCUUGAAACUAAAUGUUUAAGCGGCAAAUGUAAUUUAGCUAAACCAAAUAUUAGCAUUAUAUUUACAUAUGUAUAUGUAUACGUAUAUGUAUAUGUGUGAAAGUCGUUAGUCGGACGACGGUUAAGACAUUGGAUUGUAUAACUAACUAUUUAUGUAUAUUGCAGUUGCAACGUUUUAUGUGUAAACAAUAUUAACAACAAACAAAACAAACAUAA